UAUAGAGAGAGAGAAAGAGAGAGAGAGAGAGAGAGCGCGGAGGGGCCCUAUUUAUAAACCCCCUUCGUAGACUCGCAUCCUAGCACGAGUUUUUCAGUGCACAUGUUCAAGCUUUCUUCCUCUCCCACCUCGGUCGAUCGUUUUUCUCAGUUAGUCCAGUCGUUCCGGAACUUUGCUCCUUGUGGUGUCGUCAGAAGAGUGAGAGUGAGUUGAGUGGUUGGUUGGUUGGGUUGGUUGGUGUCUGGCGUGUCUAGAUUGAACGAGAGCAGCAGAACAAGAGAGGGUCUUUUUUAUCCCCCCUCUCCACAACGCACUGCACCUUUUUCUCAUGUGCAGACUGCAAGAUGAUGUCGUCUGCCUUCUUGUUAGAGUUCUUUCGGUAACAGAGCAGCUGAAGUCUUUUUCCGUACUUCGGUCCUUCUCAACCCUGCCCGACUCCUAGCAACUAAUCAGAGCUUUGCUGUCUCCCCCCUCCCCUCCCCUUCCCUCCUGCUCAGACAUUGAUUGAUCCCUCCUCUCUUCUCCGACUCUCCAAUUGUGUUCUCUGCAGUGGCAUUUAGAUCCAAGCCCUCUUCCCGUCCCGACCCCCCCGACCUUCUGAGACCCGUGGGUUCUGAGUUUGUGCCUUCUCUUCGCCGCCGACCCUUCGAAUCAAUCAUUCAUCAAUUCGCGGAGGAGUUUUUUGCUGUUCGUUGAGACACUCGCUUCUCACAAAUAUCAAAUCGGUGCUGCGUUCGCCAAGCGCGCUACAAAUCGCAGGAAACUUUUUUUGUUCCUGACGAUACGUUCAGAAAGCUCAUAUAUAUUUUGUUACUACUCUGCCCCCAGAGAGAGAGGGAGAGAGAAAGAGAUUCCUAAAGAGAGAGAGAGAGAGAGAGAGAGAGAGAGAAUCCGAGAGGAAGUGAGGUAGAGAAAAAGGAGUGAUAGGGAGGAAGUUGAAUAUGAUGGAACAGAAGUGCGAGAGCAUAGAUUUCAGCAUGGAGCAGUCGCUCAGGCACAGUGAGUACUUCAUGUCGGCAGCUGCAUCAGCUAAGAUUAAGAUGCAGCACGACAGUCAUCACCACCAUCACAAUAUGAUGGAUCUGCCGAGCUCGACGUCGGCAACAUACUCAGGCAUGCUCAGAAUGCCAGAGCUGUACCCGGAUCACAAUGCAUUGGCAUUGGCUCGAUUGAAACUCCCGGGUCCCGAAAGCCCCGAGUCCACUUCCAGCUCCGCCUCAUCUUCCUACGGUGAAGGUGCAGGAGGCGUCGAGCAACCCACCAAGGAAGGGGCCGAGGCCAGGCUGCAAAGCGGUGCGGCGAUGGUCGAGAGUUUUGGUAGUGCAUGUGCCAGUACCACAGACUUCCACCUCAACCUCGCAUCGCAAUUUUUCUCCAUCGCCAACCACUUGCAAGGUCCGUCGAGUUCCUCCGUCGGACCCAGCGUGAGCAGCAGCACCGCUGCCCAACCGAUGUAUGCCGACCUGCUUCCAUCUUUUGCUGGCAGUGCGAGCAUUCUGCCCUGGAAUCACCAGCAGCCAUCGGUUGCACAGGGAGGGAGCUUUUCUAAUCUCUCCACUGUCACCGGCUCCGAUCGAACACCCCCGCCCUACUUUCAUCUCAUGGGGGUCGAUCAACACCAUUACCACACCUCCCCACCCUCGGGUAGUGCCGGGCAUCCUCAGCAGCUGAUGCACCAAUUGCCAGCUGCUGGCGAUGAUCCUCGUGCACUGCUCGUCGGAGGGGCCUCCCACAGCAAUCACGAGCACCAUCAACAUCAACAUCAGCAGCAGCAGCAGCAGCACCAUCAACAACAACAACACCAGCAGCAGCAGCAGCAGCAAGUGCAAGUUUUACAGCAGUUGCAAGCCGCGCAGCAUUUACAGCAGCUUCUUCAGCUUCAGCAGCCGUUCAACAGCAACAACAGCAGCAGCAGCAGCAUUAUUCAGCAGCAGCAGACGCAGAUGAGGCAGCCGCAACACAAUUCGUGGAGCGAGGCCUCGAAUCUGAGCCCCAGGGGCCAGUGCAUGAAAUUCCAAAAGCACGAUAAGCGCGUCGGGGCUGCGGGAGGGCCUCGACAGACGAAGCUGUACAGAGGUGUCAGGCAGAGGCACUGGGGCAAGUGGGUCGCGGAGAUUCGACUGCCGCGCAACCGCACUCGUCUGUGGCUCGGCACCUUCGACACCGCAGAGGAGGCGGCCUUCGCAUACGAUCAAGCAGCUUACAAGCUGCGGGGAGAGUAUGCGAGGCUCAAUUUCCCAGCCGUGAAGCACCCGGUGCGAUUGGAUGGCACCGGCUCGGCAGGGGAGGUGUGGCCGGGAAUGGCUGGGAGAGGACCUCCGGAUCAAAUUCGUCCUCUGCCAUCGACUCUCGAUGCCAAGCUGCAGACCAUCGCUCUGCACAACAGCAAUCCGUCUCGAGAUUUCUCGUUGGGAGUGCACCACCAUCGCACCACCAACACCAGCAACGCCGCCUGUACCACCACCACCACCACCACUGCCACCACCAACAUGGCCAGUGAUCAACAAGCUGCGAGCAUGUACGCGAGUCCAGCGUCGACUGUCACCACUGCGACGGCCGUGCACGACUGCGGCGAUCACCAACCCACCGGAACGUCGCGGUUUGCGCCCCUGCAAAAUAGCAUGGAGCUCGCGCACCAGGACGGGGUCGGGUGUUUCGAUGACGAGUAUAUGAGGAGGGCUUCGCUCGUGGAUGCGAGCCGAAGGGAAGCUCUGGGAGCUGUCCUCGGAGGAGGAGGAGGAGGAGGAGAUAGCAGUAGAUUUAUGAACGACUGCGCGAGCCUGAGCCCCCCGAUGCUGGUUAGCGCCGGGGAGUCCGGAUCAGCGUUCUCGCCAGGCAGGUCAGAAUGUGACACUUUGAGCAGCGGCAGCGCCACGUUUACUGACAGUGGCACGAUUUGGGCGGAGAUCGAUGACAAUCUGCUCAACAACGCUCCGAGUCUCGAUGUGACCAACUUGACGUGGGAUGUUCUCGCCAUGGCGCCCAAGGUCCAACAACAACAUCAGCAGCAGCAGCAGCAGCAGCAAUCUGCCGUCUCGUCGGCGACAGCGGCAGCAGCCAUCAGCACUCAGGCUGCUGUAACUCGACCGCUGUACGUCUGGCGAGACUGCAAAUAAUCUUGCGCCAGUCGAUCUGGCGCCAAGUAGCUGGCUGCGGUGGCGAAGGAAGACGAUGACCUUCACUCUUCCUUCGCCGUGCAUGGGCUGAGCUAACGAUGUUUCGAGGCCGCUGGGCGACGCGGGCACUCACCCACCCGUCCUUCCACCAUCCCUGAUCGAUGUACAGCAGGCGAAUAAGCGGAUGGUGCGAAGGACGGAAGGAGGAUCACGGAGGAGGGAGUGAGCAGGAGCAGACAGCACACACUGUCACUUGAUGACUGGAGUCGAUGCGAGCUCGAGGCCUUUCCCUUUUGAAAGAGCUCUCAAUUUGCCCUCUCGGGUUUCUCACACUGCAGCCGCAAUUUUUUUAAGAUCGGCGUGCACGCGCGGAAGCCCGAGGGAUUAGAUUUCGUUUACACAUUGGGAAGUUCUUUCAGCACAUUGCUGGCAGCUAUUAUGGUGGGUUCUGAUCUGGCUAUGCCUCGUCCCACUCCUUUUUGUACAAACCUUAGAGAGAGAGAAAGAGAGAGAGCGAGAGAGCGAGAGAGAGAGGAGAGAGGCACACACAGAAUACACACACAAUCACUUUUACACACACUACACACUUCACCACACACUCACACACAAACACACAGAGGCGACGACCACCACUUUGUCACCCACACAAGAGGGUUAGUUGGUUUCCAUUUCUUCCCGAGGUGGCGGAACACAAUCAAUCAUGACACAGUGACACCUGCCUGCCCUCGUUCGGCAUCUCACUGGACGAAAGCGGAGCUAGUGGGUGGGGUUGUCUGUAUGAAACAAGUUAUAAGCAAGCUUGCUGCUGCUGCUGCACCAGCAGAUGUUGCUAGCGCUGUAGGUAGUAUUGUAGAGGAUGCACGGCAUGCCUACAGGCACUUCUAAGGCCCUUUGAGAUCGACGAAUCUUAGAUAGAUUGUAGAUUCUUAGCACGGGCCUUCUCCAUGAUGGCUCUCCUCGUUUUUGGGACGAGCAUCAGGGCGAAUUUUGUUGGAUUGUUAGUAGUGUAGAAAUCUUGUUCUGCAGCUGGAGUGAUCUUUGUAUAUUUCAAUAAGGUCCAGCAGACCGGUAGUUUUUCCUGUCCGCAGCUAGCUAGAUAGAUUCUAGAUUGGGAUAUCUAGAUGUCUGUCCUUCGGAGUAAUUUUUUCAUUCUCCGAUCUGCCUGCCACAUCGACGGAGCAAAUUUUAGUAGUUCCAGGUUCAAGCAUAGACAGACAGACAGUUCGCACCAGAGUGACCACCCCCCAUCAAGCUGGACUCCUUUUUUUCUAGUACCAGCUCGAGCUCGUGGUGGAUCUGAUGGGUGCCCUGCAGUCGUGCAUUGUGGCAUUAGCUCGAUGAUCAUUCAUCCUUUUAAUGAUGAUGACAUCGAUGAUGAAUAGAAUUAUGUUGUUUCUGCUUUA